AUGGUGCGUCUGGUCGACAGUUCCUUCGUUCUCAACAUAUCGAGCUCAGACCUGACCAGGGACGUCGACCAGGCGAUCCGGAUUCCAGUGGGUCAGAGGAGGAGACCGAUAGAGGAAUCUCCCUUGCAGAUGGUCAGCAAACACGUCAUGGACAAGGUCAGUAGUGUAUUUGUCCAAAUGUCACGAUUCAGAACAAUUUUGUCUUAUUCCGGGCUCCACAGGAUUAUUCAGAUACUUUUAAUAGUAAACAAAACACUCUCGGGCCGCAGCCCUAACCCAUCACAAUUGCAGCCAUUAACUACACAUUAAUAUUUACGAGACAGGAGAUCAGCUUAAAAAAAAACAACAACAAACAAAACAAAAAACAAACAACAACAACUGCACACACCCUGUUGUAGUUGCGGUGGAUCCCUUGCGUCACGAGUGCCGUGACCCAGUGCUGCACUGACCAAGACGUAACACACACAUUGACCAUAUCAGUUCCACGUCAACAUGCUGCAGUCUAGGCUUCAAGUGUGUCAAGUGAUCACUAGAACUGUAGACCAGAGACACCAGCCUUACGGUGGCGCGUGGCCGCUCCCCGGAAAUGACCCCCCCCCCACACACACACAGAAAGGAGUGAAAUAAAACAAUAGAAUCUGCAAACAAGUUUAAAGGAAUGUUUUUAUAACAGUGAAUAAAGAUGUAAGGACACCACAAUGCAUAACUUUAUCGAGCCUAUGUUAUGGUGUCGGGUGCCACUGAAAUCCUGCCAACUACAAAUGGUCACAGUUACAAAUAUAGCCAGGAUCAGUAUAUAACAAGCCCCUUCUGAGGCGGGGGUGUGGUGGGGACAGAACAGGUCGAGUAGAGGGAGUGCCCAAGCGGCCCCCGAGAGUGCCCAAGCGGCCCGUGACCAAAAUUUUCAAUACGCAAACUUAAGGCAAGGCGGGAUUUUUUUCAGGUUGUUCGGCGCCCCAGUUCACCCGAGCUACUGACGAGUUACCGAGGGCGUGGUCUAGAUAUUACAUACACUGGACCGAAAUACUAAUUCUCCUAAUAGACAGACACACUAUGUUCCAUGCUAUAACAGGUCUAAAAAUGUGAACUGAGACGUAAUUUCACUGGUUUUCCUUGUCUCGUGCUGGUCCCAAUCUCGGCACAGAUUCUUUCCCGCGGGUACUUCAUGACGUUUUCGAUCUCAGCUAAAGUGCACAACGUUAUGUCACAUUUAAACCCUCACACUAUCUCCCUGGCGUUAUCCCAGGGUCGCGGGUUCACCCAUCAGGACUGCACGGUAAAGCAGACGCAGAGUCAUGGAAAGAAACAUAACGCAUAUACUAUAGGGUACCCUUUAACAAAGCCUUAAGUUCCCCCCCCCCCAAAAAAAAAAAAAAAGAACGGGUGUCUGAAAUAGAGGGUGGGGUGAGUCGAGACACGUCCCUGUGUUUCGUUAUCCCCUAGACGUAAGAAACAUAACGCAUAUACUAUAGGGAACCCUUUAACAAAGCCUUAAGUCCCCCCCCCCCCAAAAAAAAAAAAAAGAACGGGUGUCUGAAAUAGAGGGUGGGGUGAGUCGAGACACGUCCCUGUGUUUCGUUAUCCCCUAGACGUCACCUGUUAGAGAGGCAUAUACUUAAGAACCGUUGAGAGUCUGUUAAUGACUCAGUCGUACGAGUUUCAGGGAAAAAAAAGACAAACACAUAUCUACGGGUCUUAACAUCUUUCCCACUAGCCAAUAAACACGGCAACCCAUUGGUUUACGAUCUUGACCCAGACGUAUAAUCCCACUCAUCAUUUAGAGACAGGGAAAACCCAAGUCUCUUGGACUUGUGUCUCCGGGGCUGCUGUCGCGGCUUUAACGAGUACACAGUUCACAAGGUGAACGCGUCUAAACGAGUGAUGUAGAUAUGAGAGGGCAUCGAUUACUUUUGAAAUGCGGCUUUUUUGAAAAAGUUCAACCUUAACUGCCGUGCAGACUGUUAAUGAACGGGUCGGUGGGUUAAUGAGUUGAUACAUUCACCACCUCAGCAUUGGGCUCACAGCAGCAUGAUAUCAUUGAAUCGUCCACAACACAGCAACCGGGAAGCACAAGUCGUGACAUGCCCCACUUUCCGCAGAAAAAUUUCGUCAUUUCAUAUAAAAAUUCAAAGCUGGUGACGUCAUCUUAUCCCCCCCCCACCACCACCCCCGGACACUGACCCAACUGUACCGAGCCACAGCUCAAGUUAGUGAGACUGUUGAUGUAAUUAAAGCAACAGCUCAAGCUAGUGAGACUGUUAUGUAAUUAAAGCCACAGCUCAAGUUAGUGAGACUGUUAUGUAAUUAAAGCAACAGCUCAAGCUAGUGAGACUGUUAUGUAAUUAAAGCAACAGCUCAAGUUAGUGAGACUGUUAUGUAAUUAAACCCACAGCUCAAGUUACUGAGACUGUUAUGUAAUUAAAGCCACAGCUCAAGUUAGUGAGACUGUUAUGUAAUUAAAGCAACAGCUCAAGCUAGUGAGACUGUUAUGUAAUUAAAGCAACAGCUCAAGCUAGUGAGACUGUUAUGUAAUUAAAGCAACAGCUCAAGCUAGUGAGACUGUUAUGUAAUUAAAGCAACAGCUCAAGCUAGUGAGACUGUUAUGUAAUUAAAGCCACAGGUCAAGUUACUGAGACUGUUAUGUAAUUAAAGCCACAGCUCAAGUUAGUGAGACUGUUAUGUAAUUAAACUAAGGGGAUUUAUGGGGAUAUUUUCAUAGAGAAAACUAUCAGGCAUCCGUUGAUACAGCCAAACGUGUUAAGCAACAGUUGAUUGUCGAACUCGAUAGGUCAGUGGUUCUCAACCUUCCUAAUACCGCGACCCUUUAAUAUAGUUUCUCAUGUCGUGGCGACCCCCAGCCACACAAUUAUUUUCGUUGCUACUUCAUAGCUGUAAUGAUAUGUGUUUUCAGAUAGUCUUAGGCAACCACUGGGAAAUGGUCGUGCAACCCACCCCCCAAGGGGUCGCGACCCACGGGUUGAGAACCGCUGCGAUAGGUAGAUCUUAAUUUUGUGGGACCAAUGAAGACGGCACUAAAAUGUGCAUCGUGUGACACGAGUUAAAGAGGCACAUGAGUCAUCAGUUUUGUCAUGGUCUAACAGUAGCGUUGGUGUCAGCAAUCAAUGUGACAGAGGGUUGAACAAAUUGUAUUUGUGUCAACAACACAAGCUUAGCAAAGGGUGUAAUAUACGCCAGCAGAGUAUCGCAGCUUUACUUGAAACUGCAGAAUGUUAAAAUUUUGCUUGUCUCAGACAUUUACCAUCACUACACAGCUAUACAAAUGUUAUACUCUCAAACAAAUCCACGACCAUCACUGAAACACAAAGAUUGUCCUCACUUGACACAUGCUCUAAAAUAUAUCUCCACAGACCACUAUCAUAUUCGUCAUGGUGCUCAUCCCGUGUUUCUCGGUGUUCGGGUCCAUCGGGAACGUCCUGAGCCUGAGGGUGCUGGUCCACCACCGAAUGAGGAACGCCACCAACAUGGUCCUGGCGGCACUGGCCGUCUCCGACCUGCUCUUCCUGCUGCACGCCUUCUACUUCUCAUUCCUCAAACUCUACAACCAGAGGAACCCGGCAGCCGGCGAAUACUUGAGGUAACCAGUAGGCUAAGGUUGCCCGAUCAAUCUAUUUUCUAUAUUCUCCAGGCCCCAAGAAUUGUUUGAUAAAGUCUUACGCCCCCACCACCCAUUUUUAAAUAUUUUUUUUAUUUUAAAAGUAACAAGGCAUUAGAAAUAGAAAGUGACAACUAUUUUUUUUUUUUAAAGUUAACUAUAAAUCAAACUUGCGACUUAUUUCAUAUAUNUCCACGACCAUCACUGAAACACAAAGAUUGUCCUCACUUGACACAUGCUCUAAAAUAUAUCUCCACAGACCACUAUCAUAUUCGUCAUGGUGCUCAUCCCGUGUUUCUCGGUGUUCGGGUCCAUCGGGAACGUCCUGAGCCUGAGGGUGCUGGUCCACCACCGAAUGAGGAACGCCACCAACAUGGUCCUGGCGGCACUGGCCGUCUCCGACCUGCUCUUCCUGCUGCACGCCUUCUACUUCUCAUUCCUCAAACUCUACAACCAGAGGAACCCGGCAGCCGGCGAAUACUUGAGGUAACCAGUAGGCUAAGGUUGCCCGAUCAAUCUAUUUUCUAUAUUCUCCAUGCCCCAAGAAUUGUUUGAUAAAGUCUUACGCCCCCACCACCCAUUUUUAAAUAUUUUUUUUUAUUUUAAAAGUAACAAGGCAUUAGAAAUAGAAAGUGACAACUAUUUUUUUUUUUUAAAGUUAACUAUAAAUCGAACUUGCGACUUAUUUCAUAUAUUAAAAUGUGAAAUGAAGCGAUUAAAAAAAUACCUACACAUGUUUAUCAUACCAGUACAACAAAAGGCAAUAGCUCUUCCGUUGUUAAAAAUCACUUUUUUUUUCUCUCGCAUCCCCGAAAUGCUGCUUUGAACCUCCUGGGGAGGGUGGGGGUGGGGGGUGCUCUGGUGGUGCCAGCUGCCCAGGUUGGGGAAAGUAGAUUUGACAGCAACACAGCCAAGUUUUGGCGGAUUGGUGUAAAUAAAUGGCGGCUGCCGAAUACAAAUCUCUAUUUUGAUACAGGAAAGUUCCCAGUCUCUUCAGAAAUGAGCCUUUGAGAUCUAUGUAUAAUCCAUUUUCAUCCGUGUAAAUUCUCAACAAAUAAACUCGUGAUGAGAACAUAAUAAACCACAGUGGGUGGAGAAGCUCAUUAAUAAAAACCACCCCGGGGGGGGGGGGGGGGGGAGGAGAGGAGGAAAUUCAGAGCUUUCAAACUGUCUUCAACUGUGGUGAUAAAUAACGACAACGAAACUCGGACGGUCUCACUAAAUGGCAUUGGCUUUGUUAGAGCAGGGCUGGCCUGCAGACAUAGUCGUCUUGCCGUAAACCAAGCCAUGGAGGUAUGGCAACGUGAAUCUCAAGCUAUAUUUAGACGGUUCAGUAUUUCAACGGGUGAGGGUCUAAACAUGGAGACCUCAACGGAAGACGAACUGCGGAAAUACUUGAAUGGCUUCAAGCUCACACAAUUGGAGGUGUCCUUCAACGAGGGACGAGUUGGGUUGAUAAAUGCUCUAUAAUCUAGAGGAAGUAGAGUCUCCACACUUAAGGCCAGAAGGACUACGGUCAGAGCGUAGCUUCGGGCUACAGAGGGCUUCUCAUUUUCUAUGGUAGAGGCACUUUAAAAGACGCCCCCCACCCCCAAUUUUUUUUUUAAUUUUAAAAUUGACUAUUUAGUUGGCGUAUUUACUACCUUCAAAUAGUCACACAAAUAGAUCAGAUUGCUAUAGCGUAUAAAAAAGAAAACAAAAUUAUAAGUUAGAAUGAUAUUUUUAAAAAGUCUCAUCAUCAGUACUUUAAAAGGCCUUCAAUCUGGUGUUAGGUCGUAUUGCUCAUAAGUCAGGGAUACUUUAAAAGGCCUUCAAUCUAGUGUUAGGUCGUAUUGCUCAUAAGUCAGGGAUACUUUAAAAGGCCUUCAAUCUAGUGUUAGGUCGUAUUGCUCAUAAGUCAGGGAUACUUUAAAAGGCCUUCAAUCUAGUGUUAGGUCGUAUUGCUCAUAAGUCAGGGAUACUUUAAAAGGCCUUCAAUCUAGUGUUAGGUCGUAUUGCUCAUAAGUCAGGGAUACUUUAAAAGGCCUUCAAUCUAGUGUUAGGUCGUAUUGCUCAUAAGUCAGGGAUACUUUAAAAGGCCUUCAAUCUAGUGUUAGGUCGUAUUGCUCAUAAGUCAGGGAUACUUUAAAAGGCCUUCAAUCUAGUGUUAGGUCGUAUUGCUCAUAAGUCAGGGAUUCUCAACUAUUUGAAGCAACAUAAAGCCAAUAAUUGAGAAUUACGAAACAUGCAGUCACACAUUUUUGAGCAAUUUUAAAAUAAGAAGUUCGACGCUCUAAAAGUUGGACAAUCCCCAUUAGAGACACGUCCCACAGUUUUAAACUCUCGAUGACUCUCCAAGAUUGGGGGAGUUUAGGGCGAGGACGUCCACUUAGCUAUGGACCUCAAUUGUACUCGGUAACCCCGGUAUUUCAACCUCACAUAUUCCAUCACAUGUUUGUUUUCUAUCACUUACAGGGCCGUGACGUUCCCGGUGCUGGGCUCCUACGGCAGCGUCGUCACCGCCAGGAUAACGACCUGCCUCACCACCAUGCUCAGCGUCGAGAGGCUCGUGGCCGUCUACUUCCCCAUGAAGGCGAAGGUCAUGUGCGGCAGGGUGAUGACCACCACCUGCAUCAUCCUCAUCUACCUGGUGACCGCCAUCGUCUUCAUCCCGAUGGCGCUCAAGUACAACGGCUACUACAAGACGGUCAACAACCAGACGGUGUACACCAUGGGCACCAGCGAGCUGGGCCGGAACACCGUCUUUUACCUCGUCUACGGCAACGUCCUCAACGUCGUCUUCCGCCUUAUCCCCAUUCUCGUGCUCAUCCUCGUCAACAUCCUCAUCGCCUGCGCCAUCCGCCGGACGUGGUCGUUCCGGCGGUCCAUGUCCAACGGGGGCUCGGCCUCGUACGAACAGAACCGCAUCACGCUCAUGCUGCUGAUGGUGUCGCUCGUGUUCCUCAUCUGCAUCCUGCCCGGGGCCAUCCACAGCAUCGUCAACCAGAUCUACAAGCAGUACUCGCGGUUCGGCUCGCAGAGUAACAUUUACGACGUCUUCGGGAACAUCACGUAUUUUCUGGAGACGGUCAACUCGUCGGUGAACUUUGUCAUCUACAUGGCGUUCAGCACAAAGUUCUGCAGGACCUACAAGCAGAUCUUCUGCUGC